AGUGUUUGCUGUUAUUACUUAUUGGCGAUAUGGUAAUAUAAUGUCGUGUAUAUGGUGUGUCUUUUCAGAUUAGCUGUGUAGCUUACUUAUUGAUCACUAGCUGCAUCGAUUAAUUUACCUUUAAUUACAAUAGCCUAUCCACCUUGUGUUCAUCCUGUUCAUCUGCAUCAGUAGUAGUCGUGGACGAGAGAGUGGUAGAAUUAUUCUGCAGACAUUCACUCACUCACACGAACAUUAGACGUAUACACAGGGUAGAUACUACUGGUCAACGUCGACAGACUGGGCAGUAGCAGUCGUUAACGUGUGUGAUUGCUGGAUUUGACUAGAUUCCACUCUUUGGCAUUGCACGUUGCCUCGCUGGAACCACAUACUAAUUUACUAAUAUCAGUAAUCACGCACAACAACAACACAAAUCCUCCUUCAUCAUAUCUUGAGAACGACUAAACCAACAUCUGUUGAGAAAAAAAGAAGGCAGCAUCAUCUCAUCAUUAUUAGAUACUGCAAUUUGUCUUUGGGCUGUAGAUUGUUGUGCAUAUAUAAUAGGGAAGAAUACCUGACUAGGCUGGAGAUAUCAUGGGGGCCAAAUGCACUCGGACAGAGUUCGAAUACACGUACACUGACGAGCCUCACGCCUCUCGCAGAAAACAAAUAAUCAAAGAGUACCCACAGGUGAAGCAGCUCUAUGGCCCUGACUACUCGAUGCUGUUUAUUGUGCCCUGGAUUGUGGCGUUCCAGGUGUGCAUGUGCUGGAUGCUGCAGGACGCCUCCUGGCCAAUCACCAUUCUACUCGCAUACGUCAUAGGUGGUACUGUGAAUCAGAGUUUGACAUUGGCUAUGCACGAGAACUCGCACAACACAGUGUUCACUAGGAACUACCUGUUGGGCAGACUGUUCGGCAUGUUUAUCACUCUGCCGAUUGGAGUGCCUGCCUCGAUCUCCUUCAAGAAGUACCACAGUGAACACCACCAGUUCAUGGGCGACGAUGUCAGAGACCAGGACAUCCCACACCCCAUCGAGGCCAAGAUGUUCAACAGGACCCUCACCAAGGUGUUGUGGCUGGUCUUGAAUCCCUUUUUCUACGCCCUGCGGCCCUGCAUUGCGUACCCGAAACCGGUGACUCCUUGGGAGGUCGUCAGCUUCACUGUACAGAUGUGCUUUAACUACCUGAUGCUUGUGCACGUCGGAGGCCCCAAGGGACUCUUCUACCUCCUAGGUGGCUCUCUGUUGGGCAUGGGACUACACCCAAUGGCCGGCCACUUCAUAUCGGAACAUUACAUCUUCUUCGACAAUGGUCAGCAGACGAGCAGCUACUACGGACCCAUGAACUAUAUCUGCUGGAAUGUCGGUUACCACAACGAGCACCACGACUUCCCCUGGAUAUCCUACAGGAAGCUGCCCAAAUUGAAGAAGAUGGCACCUGAGUACUACGACUCUCUGCCACAUCACACCAGCUGGGUCAAGUGUCUGGUGGACUUCGUGCUCAACCCAGACAUCGGACCCUUUGCCAGGAUAAAAACAGCAGCCUCUUGUGGCCGCAUCUCCGAACAAGAUCAAAACAACCACUACUCCGCGCAGCCUGCAUCACAGCAGGACUCGGUAGCCGACGAACUACACCGACAGAAGUCGGACUAGACUGUGAUCGGAAGUGUGUCUCCUAAAUAAAAAGACACACAGACCGUCCAUGGACCUCAAUUAAUGAACUACUUCUACUGCAACUGCAACUUGGUACAACUCAGGACUGGAUUAAAAACAGUUUCGAUAAAAAACUUUACUGCCGCUUUUGUGGCCAACACAAUUACGUACUGAGCUACUCGUUUGUAAAACUGAGUUUGAUUUAUGAAUAUCAAUGAGGGGAAAAGUAAACUGGGAAAAUGUACAUGUAAUCUGUUCUCAGGGGCUUUACCGCUAGCGGUUUUAUUUCAAAGAUAUAAAAAAUUGAAUUUAAUUUGUCAUUG